UGUUUUGGAGGAAGUGACCAGAACUCGGCUAGCAGCUAGCACGUUAGCUGGACAGGAAAAGCAAGCGUCAAACGGGAACGGUGCGAAAUAGACCAUUGUACUAAAUCGCUUCUGUUACACGAAGGGAGAUAUACAUCGACAGUGGCAGUGUUGCUUUUGAUAAGUAGGGUUAGCUGCGAGGCUAGCUAUCAGAGAGUAUUUAGCUGUCGACGCUCUAAACGUGUUGUUUUUUUUGACGGCAGACUUUAUAGGAGCUGCUAGCUCGGCUGCGCGUUAGCUAGCUAACGCUUCCAACCGAGGCAGAAGAAAAGUCCACUUUGAUAUUUGAUUUCUGCAGGAUCAUCGCCCAGCUGCGGCACAAUGACAUCAAGGAAGAAAGUACUACUCAAAGUCAUCAUCCUCGGAGACUCUGGAGUUGGGAAGACCUCGUUGAUGAACCAGUAUGUGAAUAAGAAGUUCAGUAACCAGUACAAAGCUACAAUAGGAGCGGAUUUCCUGACGAAAGAAGUCAUGGUGGAUGACAGACUUGUCACAAUGCAGAUUUGGGACACAGCAGGUCAGGAGAGGUUCCAGUCCUUAGGUGUAGCGUUCUACCGUGGAGCAGACUGCUGCGUCCUGGUGUUUGAUGUGACGGCACCCAACACCUUCAAGACUCUAGACAGCUGGAGAGACGAGUUCUUGAUCCAGGCCAGCCCUCGAGACCCGGAGAAUUUCCCCUUUGUUGUGCUGGGCAAUAAGAUCGAUCUGGAGAACAGACAGGUAACAACCAAGCGAGCACAGGCUUGGUGUCAAAGUAAGAACAACAUCCCAUAUUUCGAAACCAGUGCCAAGGAGGCAAUCAAUGUGGAGCAGGCCUUCCAGACUAUUGCACGCAACGCCCUCAAACAGGAGACCGAAGUGGAGUUGUACAACGAGUUCCCUGAGCCAAUAAAGCUGGACAGGAACGAGCGAGCCAAGCCUUCAGCGGAGACCUGCAGCUGCUGAGGAAUCUGAAGAUCUUCUGGGGGGGGAGGGAGGGCCCUCACUACCCUGUCUUGCCUUGUCUAUACAUCCCUUAUCCCAUGGCCCACUGUGUUAAUCCUUAAUGUCCAACAUACAAGCAGCAUCCAACUCAUUGAGUAUACUACUACACACAAACAUGCUGCACUCACCUUAUGUAUACAAAA